GCGCUACGGUAGGGGAGGGUCUCGUAGGAUCAUCGGUAAUGUAAUGAUAUAAGGUUGACACCUUCCAAUUAACUUUUUCCUUUAAAUUAAUUUCGGUUAGCUUCUAGAACUGCCCCUCGCCUUCAGAAAGCAUUCAAAUUGUUAGAAUCAUUUUUCUCAAGGAGGAACUGCGGUGCAAUGGCUCUGGGAUCAAUCAGGUUGAAUCAAGGAGUAUGCACCCUUUGUAUCCUAUAUUCAAACAUGGCAUGAAUGGUUGUUUCACCUUUUUGAACAGCCAUAUCGAUCGCAUACUAGCAACUGAUGCUGUUUCGAGAAGACAACAUUUCUUGUUAAGGUGCCUUAGAGAAAAUUGUAGCAACAUUUCCAUGGAGAGUUCAUACAAAACGAAGUGUACAAUUCAUAGCCUUUCGCAGUCAGAUAUUAGUAGAAUUGUUAGAUCAAUUGUUCCUCCACUUGAUCCAGGUCGACACAAGGGCCAAGCAGGUAAAAUAGCUGUUAUUGGUGGUUGUCGUGAAUACACAGGUGCACCAUAUUUUGCAGCAAUAUCAGCACUGAAAAUAGGUGCAGAUUUGUCCCACGUCUUCUGCACAACAGAUGCUGCAACAGUCAUAAAGAGCUAUAGCCCUGAAUUAAUUGUUCACCCUGUGCUUGAAGAGUCUUACAACUUAAGGAGUGAAAAUAAACUCCCUACAUCAAAAAGGGUUCUUGCAGAUGUUGUUAAGUGGAUGGAGCGAUUUGAUUGUCUCAUCAUUGGCCCAGGCCUUGGAAGGGACCCAUUUCUUUUGGAAUGUGUGAGUGAAAUCAUACAACAUGCACGGAAAGAGAACAUACCAUUAGUCAUUGAUGGGGAUGGCUUGUUUCUUGUGACAAAUAAUCUUGAACUAGUGAAAGGGUAUCACUUAACAGUCCUAACUCCAAAUGUAAAUGAGUAUAAACGCCUCAUUCAAAAGGUUCUUGAGUGUGAUGUCAGUGAUGAGGAUGCACCUCAGCAACUGCAGAUGCUUUCGAAACGACUUGGCGGCGUUACCAUCCUACAGAAAGGGAAGAAUGAUCUUAUCAGUGAUGGAGAAACUGUUGAAAUGGUAAGUAUUUUUGGAUCUCCUCGACGUUGUGGUGGACAAGGUGAUAUUCUUUCUGGAAGUGUUGCAUUAUUCUCUUCUUGGGCAAGAUCGAUGAAAGCAACAAGGGGAGCGGGUUUCACUGAAAAUCCGAUGAUUUUGGGAAGUAUAGCAGGCUCUGCAUUACUAAGAAGAGCAGCAUCGCUUGCUUUUGAGAACAAGAAGCGUUCUACACUCACCACCGAUAUCAUUGAAUGUUUAGGGAGAAGUUUGGAGGAUCUUUGCCCCACCAUGUGAAUGUAGUCUUGGUUGGAUCAAGAGGUGUUGGAAAUUAUGUGAAUUUUUGUUCUUGUUUAGUAGUGUACAUGUAAAGUUGGGUAACCUGUGGCUUUUCAGUACGAUGUGUGCGUUGUCUCUUUGUACAUCUAAACCUCAGCUCCUUGUGGUUGCCACACUUCCAAUUUUGGUAAUGGUGCUCAAAUUUUGAAGCCAUGCAUCACACGCCACUACCCAUGCUAAGCCAGUGACUUCCUCAGAUUGAUGAAACAUUUCCAAGGAAUGUUUUAAUUGUUGUCAGUCACCAUACAGCUAUGAGUGGCUGUGCUACUUUUACAGGAGCAUUCCCUUGGAUGAAAUAUUUUUCCUAAUAUGGAAUUCUUGGAUCCACUUUAAAGUCAUUAUAAUAACGAUAAUAAUAAUAAUAACAAUGAUAAGUAAAUUUUGAGUUCUCCA